AUGUUCUCCCUCCGCACCGUCUUCGGAGCCUCCUCCGGCGCCGUCCGCCAAUUCCUCCCCUCCGUCUCCCGCCGAUCAUUCUACAGCUCUGUAUCGCUCCGGCCAUUCUCGCACAUGAUCCGAAACAGUCUCACAAGGUUGCGCGCUGGACAAUCACAGUCAAGCACUGCCGUCGCUGGUGUUGUUGGUUCUGCCAGGCAGAUCGAGCAGGUUCGGGGGAUGAAGACCCGGUCUUCGGUGAAACGGUUGUGUGAUGGCUGCAAGCCUGUUAAACGGAAGGGUCGUGUGUACAUUAUUUGCUCAAAGAACCCGAAACACAAGCAACGGCAAGGGAAAUAG